AUGAUGAAGAAGGAAUCGUCGCCAUUUUCACCGUCCAUGUCAACUUGCCCGAUGUGGCAAACAAGGACGGAAACCUGUUUCAGACGCGCCGGUGCUGACCUUGCAUCGCACAGAACAUCACUGAACCUGCGAGGCGCAGGACUCGCCCCAAACCACAACCUCGGCCGAAUGCAUCUGCACGAACGAGCUCACGAGCGAAACUGUGAGCUGGUUCUUGGGCAAGGAAAGGAAAUACACGUGAAGAAACGACGGCUUGGCUGCCAGCUACGCCUCGCUGGCCUUCGUCGUAAUGAGGCCGCUUCUGACAAGGCUGAGAUAGUGGCGGUAGAGGUAGCAGCAGCAGCACCUUCUUCUGACAUUCGCCUCACCAGCAACAACGAUGAUCGGCUGUCUGGCAGAUCGAUGCCAACGUGGAAGGCAAGCGAAGCAAAAGCGAACUAUUUCGGACCCGCUGCACGGCCGUUGAUCACUAUGACUCAGAGAGGCGAGCCGAGGCGAGGCGAAGUGAAGCGAGGAGACGAGAGGAGAGGCGAGGCGAGGAUAAACGAGCAGUGGACGGUGAUGGGGCGCUUUUGCACGCCAAUCAAUUCGUCAUCGUUCGCCAAUGGCUUCAACGGAUUCGUUCGUUCGUUCGAUUAA